UCCUGUAGCUGCGGAUGGACUUACAUUGCAAGCCCAUUAUUCAGUUUUCUCUAUCUGUGUUGUCUGUCGAAUAGCGGAGUUCUAGUAGGUAGAGCAGCAUCGCUGCGCGACCCACGCAGGUUGGUCUCUGGUCUUAAGCGGUUGCUUAGCCAAUAGCUACCCAUAUCCAGCCGAUGGUCUAGUUCUGCAUUUUUAGCUGCCCAUGCGCAUUUCAACAAUGUAGGAGCAAAUCCUAUAAUGAAUAGAAUCAAAUAAUCCAUCAGCCGACCGGGCACUUUCUAAUAACUUCCAUACUGAUAGAAAGGUCUCGGAUAUUGGGUAGAGAGCUUAAGUUUCAUCGGCAUUUGAUCGACAAAGCGCAGGUCACACGAAACGUUCCAAGCAGGGAGCCGUGUUUGUUACACAGGCGGUUAAUAUUCAGUACUACGAGGGAGCUCCGUGUUCGAGGAAAGUUCAUCAUGCUAUUGUGACCAACGUGUUAUUGUGAAUCACAGCCAAAGAACAACGUUUUACAGAGGAAAGCAUCUGUUAGCUCAGGUUGUGUGUUUUCAACACUGUAUGCGUGAAGAAAUCAAGCUUUGUUUGGUAGGGCCUUCUCUCACUUUUUGAAGGGCUGAGCCUCUAAAAAGUGGCCAGUCUCUGUCAGUGCUGCUACGAGAAAAUUGUAGUUGAACCAAACAAUUCAAUGGAUGAGUUCAUCAGGCACACUAGCUAAUGAAUUGGUUACUCUUGGUAAAAUUCUAGCGUUCGAGAUGUAAUUAUGUAAUUGACCAAACCGUCCAUUGCCCCGCGCCCAUUCCCGGCAUCGGGGGCAAUUUGGACAUCAUACAUACCAUCGUAUCACGUUCACAAAGCUAAGUCGAUGACGACCCAGCACUUGAAAAGUCCAACGGCCAAUGUGUUUCGAGUGGCAGAUAGUCUACAGCGUUGUUGCUAAAGUAGACCUACGUCAACCCGUGACAAGAAGUACACUAGUGACCUGUACAGGGUCCACGUGCAUCUGUUGCUUUUUUAGUCAAGUUUCUUAGUCACCUUCGUGCUAAUUAAUCCAUUGUUCAACGGAUCGAAUUGAAAAAGAGGACAAAGCCCUAUUUAAUGUAACAGUCGUCACCUAACCGUCGAGUGUUUCGUCAUUUAAGGACGCAAAAAUGUCCGAAUAAUAUUUUACUAUAUACUUCCUUUGAAGAGUUGCCGCAGACAAACUUUAUGAUUUUCCUAUUACCCAAAUUAGUUGUGCGCCAGUGACGAGGAUCCGGAGCGGUGCAGGCUGCUACACGGAUGUGCACCCUAGAGCCACGUAUGUGGACAGCUAUAGAAGAAGAAAGAUGUUUAAACAACCCUUUCUGUCUUUCCAAAACAACUGUACAAUGUCCGCCCAUGUUCAGCAACUGCCUAUAAGUAAAAGUCAGGCAGGUAACCUGUCGAAGACUUGAGUCAAAAAGAUGAGCAAGUAUCAUCCAGAGUUGAAUCGUUUCCGUACCGUCGAUCAGUCAUCGAGUGCUUCGAAGUCAGGUACCUUGUAUCUGUUCGGUUGGAUAGUUCACUAGCGGCCUACUUUGGACUCUGAGCAGUCAAUCACUAUGGCUGUCCUCUUCUUUCGUCGUAUAUCGUUGCUACUGUUAGGUACAUAUAUAUGUUUCACAUGUUACUCCGGAUAUCUGUUACUGACGCGUGAGGAUCGAACCAAUGCUGGAAACAAAAAUCCAUCUAAUGGAGCUGUGUCCCUGAACGGCGGGAGUUUCAUGGCAGCAUCAUAUGCUAACGGCAAAGAAACCCCCAGUAACCAGGCCGCGCUUCAGGAUUUAUCGAAGGUUGGAGUUGCAGUCCCUCAACGUGCCGAUGCAACAGCUAACGAUGAGGAAUGGAAUCCGUGGGGUGAAGACUUCGAACCCGAACGUAGCGAAACAGCGGGUGAAGCCCAAUCAGGGAAUGUGGCUCGACGAAAAACUGACGGUGCCGUAAUGGCCGCUAGUGGUGAUUUGGCGCCCGACAGCCGUCCGGCAAAAUACAUUGUUGAAGUCUGGGGAAAAGCCGCAAUCGGUAAUUACUUAUGGGAACACAUCUUCGCCGCUCGUCUCGAAUCGCGACAGGAGGGCGCGUGGCAUUUUGGCACUAAAAAAAUUAGCAACAUCCGUUUCAAAUAUCGGACAGGCCCGGGAAUAGCACCGCAGACGGCUCCCAGUGAUGUCGAGUAUUUGAUUCUGGUAUUAAACGGUCGGAGUAAAGAUAAAAUCUCAUUCGCUCGUCUUUGGCUCGACUAUCUAGAUAAUUAUCCGCGGUUGCAGCACUGCAUCGUAAUUCUUCUAGGCGACGAACAGUGUCGAAAUGAAUGGAUAACUCGUUACAUGCGCUCCAGAGGGGGUAAGGUGGAUGCAGCUUUUAUAGUCUACGAUAGCGGAUUGGUUGAUGACCAUGAAUUCUUCCAGUGGCCAUUAGGCGUAGCAACUUAUCGAGGCUUCAAUCCGGUGGAUUCACAUAAACUCGACAUUGAAAGUGCUCGUCCGUUUAAAUGCAAUUUCCUCGGAACGGUAUAUCCGAAAUCGUCGAGGAAAUCUUUAGUGGAGCUGAUUCGAGUUGAAGGGCUUGAAAAGGUCUGCUUUACGAAAGGCCGAAAAGAGUGGUUAUCCGGAGAAACCCAGGAAAGUUUGCAGAUGUAUCAAUACGCCCUGUCGCUCUCGGACCUUACCCUGAACCCAGUCGGAUUCAACGCGGAGUGCUAUCGCAUCUACGAAGCACUUGCUCUUGGAUCCGUCCCUGUUAUCGAAGACAAAACUACGCCGGGGCUUUGUCAGAGUCCUCCAUUACGAUUACUAAAAAAGUACCGUGCACCAGUGAUUUAUGUGAAAGACUGGGCGACCGAUCUUCCUCGAAUUCUUGGCCAGGAGGCCGCCCUAAGCCUUAAGGAGAAGAUUGAACGACGAGUUGCCCUUGUCGAAUGGUAUGAAGGCUUUAAGCUGACAAUGCGAAGACAGCUUACGCAGGUCGUCAGAAGCAAGUUUGGCUUCACCGACAACAAUAACUAGCAUACGAUAGAAAAACAAAUAAGGAUCAACUGUAGCAAGCAAAGUCAAGCAAGUUAAACAUAGGGAGAAAACUUGUCCGUUGAGAAGAUAGCUAGAUUUUUCUAUCAAAGCAUCGUAAACCGGCUCGAACGAAAGCUCCCCAAAUGUGCAAAUAAUUUGCUGUGUAGCGUGCAAUGCUGAAGAGACAAGACAUUUAAUUUUGGAAAUAUUUUUCAUUCCAAGGAGAUGCUUUUGGAUUACGUAGGAAAAGCAGGCUUUAAAUAGUAAGCGCUCUAUGUAAAUAGAAAUAAAAAGUAAGAACUAGUAAGGAAGGAAAGUGAUAUUAAAACGAAGACUAAACCCUUUGCCCUGAAUGAGAUUGCAUAUCUCGGUCAGGGCAACGACUUCAGUUCGAAUACUAGCGCAAAGCCAACAAAUAUAAAAGCCUAGAUUUUAGAAGACUCCCACAUUAAUCAUUUGCGAUUUCUAGCCAACUUGCAACGUGCGCUCUAUUGAUUGGGUUCACAUUUCUUUAGACGUAUGGUGCCCGUCUACGCGAGAGCGCAUUGGGUAACAAGUUUGCCUACUGAUAUUUGCGGCACGUGAUGUAGAUUCGAAUCUAAGCGUGAACACACUCUGUUUCGCGCUGGGAGCAGCGCGCCGCGUGUUAACAGCUAAACUAUCAGCCAUAAAACACGAAAAACAUCUAUAUGACGUCUGUAUAAUUUGAUUAGAGGUUCGCUAGGAAUAACUGUUGAAAAAUGAGACAAUGUUUUCGCUUAUCGUUCGCGUGUGCACUCCUCCUAUUAGAGCAAGUCGAAUUUCCUAGAAUUGUUUUGGGUUUCAAUUUGCUGUUACACUACGAGGUGACGUGGUACUGUCUCUGAAAAACACGGAGUCUAAUGGUGUUCAUAAUAUAAAUAUUUUUUGAUUGGCGUUCUAAAGUCACUUCUGUUUUUUCUUAUCAAAAGACAAUUUCGAACAAGUUAAUUCCGAUUAUAGGAACUAACUAACUAACCAUUUUCGCUCAUACUAUUUCGUAGUAAAUGCGAGAGCGUGCGUACACCAUACUACUAGGUUAUAGAUUUUCAUGUGAACAUCACCGUGGAUGACUGCGUACAACGCUUAAAGCACCUACAAUACUAAUGGUAGUGUUUAAACAUACAAAGUUGGAAAAUUAUUUUCCAAUUAGAAUUUAUUUUUCUAUUGAUUGACUGCGACUGUCUUUACCAGCGCAUCACAAGAUGUGCCUGUACAAAUGUAAUUGUCAACUUUCAAAUUCAUUCUUAGAAAUCAAAUCAAUAUCCUAGGUAAAAUUAUCCUAAUCAUUAGUGUACACCUGAUUUUCGUUAGCCGUACACAUCAGUUCGUACAACCGUUUCGAAGCAAUACGCAGAUCGUUUAAAGCACAUUCUUGCCUUAGGCCACUGUUAACCAUAUUUGAUCGGUGCCAGAAUAUCAUUGCACUCUUGCAGAAUGGGUCCAUAAAUCGGGUUCAUCGAGACACUUUUACCUGCAUAGUGGUAGCAUGGGUUGUGUAAAUCCGAUAUCUCAUUUGUUAUAUAGAAAAGAAGCCUGUAUGCCUUUGUUGUUUAACAAACACGAAAGGAUGUCCAUUGAAUGCAUAUUUGACCAAUGAUUUUCCACUAUGAGCGUUCUCCAUAUUAAUAUUUUCCAUUGUUUUUCGAUCCGUACCAGACAAGUGCCGACAGACGGGCUCAUAGCGCUGACUCCAAUCGACUGAAAGUUAGUGGCACGCACAGACAUCUUUAUUUACGGAAAUAUCCAUUUGCUUAAGCUAAAUUCGAUACGUGCUACAUACAUGCCAGUAUGAAAAUGUGUAUUUACUUCAAGGCUGGUCCCGACAAACGAGGCGUGAUCAGGCUGUUGGUGUACUUAGGUCACGAAGUACAGAUCCAUCAGUUUCAUUGUACAGAUAGGUUACACAUACGAGAUAGCAGCGUAUAUAUACGUGGACACCUGUCAAGCGCUAUGGGUUUAGAAUGGUAGACUGCUUCCCAAUGUGACCCUUUAGCGAAUGGAGAAACAUUUCCUGGUUAUGACGAUUUUCGAAAGUACACUUUCACAUGAUAUGUCAAUGAAUGCUGGUGUAUCAUGUACUUCCACAUUGUCUGGGCGACAUAAAACGUAACAGGCGUCUUUAAUUUCUCAUAGUGAUCGUCAAAGUCUGUUAAAGAGUAAAGGCUAAUCAUUUGAUAUUUGAAAUGCGUGAAGCUAUAUAUCAUUGAAAAUCGAGGAGUAAAGCGAGAUGUAUGGGAAAUGCUUCAAAGUAUUGGAUGUAUUAUGUUAAAAUCUAAUGUACACAACAGCUAAUGAACAGCCACGCAUCGAGUGAAUGGAAAAUCGUUAUCGUUAUGCUGACAUAAACUUUAAAUAUGUCAAGUAAUUCUUUAUAACUGUUAUUUUUGUUGUUCUUCUUGACAAAUUUAAUUCUGAAAAUAUUACAACAGACUUUGAUUUGACUUCCAUUUUAUCAUAUUCGUCUACUUAUAGAAGCACAAUCGCUUAUAAAACUAUUUCGGCCCUCAUAUAUAUGGAAUAAACUUUGUUUUUUGGUUAGUUUUAACGGGAUUCACGCAUUCACGGAACCAGGUUAUACCAUUGUGCCAUACGUCAUCCCUUUGACAUAAAAAAUGGCGAUGUUUUGUCGCUAUUUUGAUGCGCGCACAUGUGUCACACAAAAUUAAAGCGGGUAGUUAGUUAAACAAUUUCAAAUCAAACUGUUAACACGGUUCGAGCAUUGUUAACGGGUUAUUGUUGAUAUUUACAACGUAUGAAGUACAUCGAAAAUUCAGAAACCAAUCGUAGUUGAGCAUCGUAUUAUGCGUCGGCUUGCAACAAAAAUACCGAAAGCUUACUACAAGCCGUCUUAGUAGAUAUAAUAUGGAUACAUAGGUAAACUUCAGAACGUACAUUAAAUAGCGACGAAAGAUUAUCAGUCAAGCGUAUUUAAAAGUAACGCGUACAUAUAUGGUCACGGUAGCAUGAAUUCAUCAAAUCUUAAAGUUCGUCAUCAUAUGAAAGGACACAAGCAAAAGUAGCUGUCGGCGU